AGUUGCCCGGGCUGCCAGUCUCGUGUUAAACAGGCGGUUCAGUCGUUACACGAUGGCCAGUAAUCACCAGUGUGGUUUAGCUGUAGCACUAAACGAAAAGUCAUUACCACCUCCCCCUGAAUUUAUUAAACAUCGUGAAGAGUUAUGGAAUAGACUGAAGAGGGAAUAUGAUGGUUUCGUUGCUUCACAACCACGUUCACCUGUUCAGAUCACUUUACCAGAUGGAACUAUUGUGGAUGGAAAAGCCUGGGAAACUACUCCAAUGGAAGUGGCCAAAAAUAUUAGUAAAACUUUGGCUGAACAUGCUGUAAUCGCUAAAGUCAAUGGAGAAUUAUGGGAUUUAUUACGCCCUUUUGAAAAGAGUUCUAGCCUCGAGAUUUACAAUUUUGAUCACAAAGAUGGUCAAUAUGUAUUUUGGCAUUCAUCUGCCCAUGUUCUCGGUGAAGCCUUAGAACGUUGCUAUAGUGGACAUUUAUGCUAUGGACCACCUGUUGAGGAAGGAUUUUAUUAUGAUAUGUGGGUCCCUAAUCAACAACACUCUGGUCUCGGUCCAGAAGAUCUCUCUGUUGUGGAAAAUGUGUGUCAUAGUAUUUGUAAAGAAAAUCAACCAUUUGAACGUUUAGAAAUGAAAAAAGAAGAUUUAUUGAAAAUGUUUGCCUACAAUGAAUUCAAAUGUCGGAUAAUUCGCGAUAAGAUAGAUACACCAACUACUACAGUUUAUCGAUGUGGUCCUCUUAUCGAUCUCUGCCGUGGACCACAUGUUAGACAUACAGGUUGUAUAAAGGCUCUAUCAGUCACCAAAUGUAGUUCCUCUUAUUGGGAGGGUCGCACGGACGCGGAAACUUUACAACGUGUCUAUGGUGUUUCAUUUCCAGAUCCAAAACGUUUGAAAGAAUGGAAACACAUUCAGGAAGAAGCAGCUAAACGUGAUCAUCGUAAACUUGGAGUUGAACAAAAAUUGUUUUUCUUUCAUGAAUUAUCUCCUGGUAGUUGUUUUUUCUUGCCUGCUGGUGCACAUAUCUAUAAUACAUUAGUUUCAUUUAUUCGUUCUGAAUAUUGGAAACGUGGUUUUCAAGAAGUAAUCACUCCAAAUAUUUAUAAUUCUGCAUUAUGGGAACAAAGUGGACAUUGGCAACAUUAUAGUGAAAAUUUAUUUAAAAUUGAAGUUGAGAAGCAAAUAUUUGGUUUAAAACCUAUGAAUUGUCCUGGUCAUUGUUUAAUGUACGCGAAAGAGAUUCGUUCACAUAAAGAAUUACCAUUGCGUUUUGCUGAUUUUGGUGUAUUACACAGAAAUGAAUUCUCAGGUGCUUUAUCUGGUCUUACUCGUGUUCGUCGUUUUCAACAGGAUGAUGCGCAUAUAUUUUGUCGUGAAGAUCAGAUUAAAGAUGAAAUCAAGAGUUGUUUGGAUUUUUUGGGUCAUGUGUACGGUUUAUUUGGUUUCUCGUUUGAAUUAUACUUAUCUACUCGUCCAGAGAAAUUCAUGGGUGAAAUUGAAAUGUGGGAUCGUGCUGAAAAGCAACUAAAAGAAAGUUUAGACGAAGUUGGUCUGAAAUGGGAACUUAAUCCUGGUGAUGGUGCAUUCUAUGGACCCAAAAUCGACAUAACCAUAAUGGAUGCUUUACGUCGUCGGCAUCAAUGUGCAACAAUACAAUUAGAUUUUCAAUUACCAGUCAGAUUUAAUCUUUCUUAUGCCAGUGAAACUGAUAAUCUUUCUGGGAGUGAUAAUAAUUAUAAUAAUGUAUCGAACACAACAAAUGGUAUAUCUGACCAUCAUGAAGCAACCAAUCAUCAAACUGACUUAAACAUUCACCGACCUGUCAUUAUUCAUAGAGCUAUUUUGGGUUCAGUCGAGCGAAUUAUAGCGAUUCUCACAGAAUCUUAUGGAGGAAAAUGGCCAUUUUGGCUUAGCCCCCGUCAAGUUUUAGUAGUCCCUGUUGUUUCAGCAUGUGAUGAAUACGCGAUAGAUGUAAAAAAUCGUUUACAUGAUGCCGGCUUUAUGGUUUCCGUUGACACAGAUCCUGGUCGUACUUUAAAUAAAAAAAUUAGAAAUGGACAGUUGCUUCAAAAUAAUUUUAUUCUAGGUAAGUAUUAAUCAUUUUUGAUUAGUGUAUAUUUCCUUCUUGUAAAGAGUAAAGUCUUGUGUAUGACAAAAAUGACACAUUAUUUCAUUGAAUAAGGAUAUAUAAAGAAAACUCAGUGAAGAUUUUCUUUUCGACGAUUUCAUUUGCUUGAACUGUACACUCGUAAUUCUUUGGUAAAAAUAGUAGUCUACGGUAAAGUAGAAUGGUGUUGAAUAGUUUUUAGGAAAAAGUUGAAAUGGUUUAUCUUCGUGUUUGGACAACUGUGGACACACAUUCUACUGGUAAAAUGUUGAAAUCUUCAAUAGAAACAGUUUAUAGCACGAUACUGCUUUAAUGUUUACAAAAAUCAAACAACACUCUCCUGUCUUCCUAUAGACUAUUAAUUAUGAAUACUAUUGUAUAGUUUAAACUAAUGAAAUUAUAGAAAAGAAAAUUUCCUUCACUGAAUUCUGUCUUAUAUCCUUCUUCAAAGUUUUGUAUACUGAAAUUUGGAUAGGAUAUUACUCUUUGCAACACAAGUGUUACUAAUUUCAUUGUUGAGUUUUUAGGGGUUCUGUGUUCUGUUCUCUAAAUUAAAUGAUGGUUUGAUUGUGAAGAUCUUUUAUUGCCCUUCUGAAGUUUUUUUAGCAUCUACUUUAUGAUGUAGAAGUUUUCUUUUAAAAGUAGCACUGUAAUAAUAUUGAAUCUCUCUAUGAAAUGCUCCGUUACAAGUUUGCAUACUUGCAUGUGUGUGAUGAAUGUUCAUUAGUUCAAUCAAAUUGAUCACUUUAUUACCAUAGAAAUCUGUGCCUAAAUAUCAUCUGGAAUUCGUAGUUAGUUUCAUAACAAGAGAACGGUACGUCGAAGAUAUUUUUGGUGUUGAUGUGAUUGGAGGUAGUCAAAAACAAGCCCUGAACCUACUUUUUGUGCUGUUUUAUACUCUCCAGGAAGGCGUAAUUACUCUCCCUCGUUUGAUUAAAAUAUACGCUAGUUUUCAGGCUUUUCUGUCGAGUAUUAAGUACGUGUAAACAUUUAGUUUUAUAAUUUAUCGAGUGAAACUGUAAUUCAUGGGUGAUCUUUGAGCAAUAUUAAAAUGACCUCAAGAAACCACUUACUGCGGUCUAAAUGAAGUCAUAAAUUAGCUUGUGAGGAAUCAGGAUUUGAGGUUUAAGUCAAAACCUAGGGUUACGAGUUAGAGCUAUGGUGUUUGUCACGAGCUGCUAUAAACUAUAAUACUAAAAUGAUAUUUACCCAUAUGGAUGAAUGAAUCGGUUUCGUGCCAAAAUCCAUGACUAGUUAUCUGAUUGAUUCGUCCAUAAAUGAUAGGAUAAGAUAGGCUAUUUAAAUUAUUUGAAAGUUCUUUCUUUUCGUUUAUUCAUUUUUGCUAUGAUUCAUUUUCAUUUUUCCGCUUCAUAAUAGUGGUUGGUGAAAAAGAAAUUACUAAUGGAACCGUCAAUGUUCGUACACGGGAUAACAAAGUUCAUGGUGAGCAUCCUGUUGAACAUGUUAUUGAACGUUUUCGUCAGUUGGCGGCAUCAAGAACGCUGGAAGCAGAACAAGAAUUUUAAUGAAAUAUACAAGUUACUAAACUAAUUUCAGUGUAAUUGAAAAUUUCAUUGUUAAUUCCAUUAUGUGUAU